AUGAACGGUGGCCGUUUUGAUUUUGACGAUGGCGGGACAUACUGUGGUGGAUGGGAGGAAGGAAAGGCACAUGGACAUGGUGUUUGUACAGGGCCUGAUGGACAGGGAGAAUACACUGGAGCAUGGCACUAUGGAUUUGAGGUUUUUUUCUUAAUUAAAAAUUUUUUAAUUUUUUCCCAGGUUUCUGGUGUCUAUACCUGGCCUUCUGGCAGUACUUAUUCUGGUCAGUGGCAAAACGGGAAGCGUCACGGCCUCGGUGUUGAACAGCGCGGCCGGUGGACCUAUAAAGGUGAAUGGACGCAGGGAUAUAAAGGCCGGUAUGGACGUCGAGAGGCGCUCAACUCUGGUGCUCAUUAUCUGGGGACGUGGUCAAGUGGACUUCACGAUGGUUAUGGAACUGAAAUAUAUUCUGAUGGAGGCUCUUAUAAAGGCCAAUGGCUGCGCGGUAUGCGGCAUGGUUAUGGAAUUCGAACAAGCGCGCCUUGGAGUGUAGCAACCCCGAAUAACCACCAACACCACUCAGAACAGCAACAAAAACAUAGAGGAGGACAUACGUCUCUAAGUUCCCUACGCUCAAAUUAUGGAAGUGUUGCCAUGUUGGAUGAUGAAAGGGCAGCAACUGCAAUGGAUACACCUCCCAAUCAUCACGGCAGAUCACAUUCUAGAGAAAGGAGGGGUGAACAAACAACUCAACUGGAUGAAAGUAGAGGCGGUUUUGUGCUUAAAGCUUAUUCGGGUACUAACAAACGACGCCGUUCUCUCUCAGAGCGUUCAUUGGCAGUGAAGAGAAGUAUUCUUCAACGAAUUAGAAAACAAAAUUCUACCGGAGACAUUAUUCACCAACAAAGAGUUUUUUCUUCUGCUGGUGGCGCUUCUUCACUUCGUUCUAGUGGAAGUACUUUAAGCUGUACUUCUGAUGAAGAAGAUUCGGGCGAUUUGAGGCAUCCUCCAAAUUCUCAACGUUCUAGAGUUGCUGCGGAGGCAGCAACAUUAGAGGAACCACCAAUCGACGCCAACGCCGUAGAGAUUUACCGAGGUGAAUGGAAAAAUGACAUGCGCUCCGGUUAUGGUGUUUGUGAACGUUCAGACGGUCUUCGUUAUGCUGGGGAAUGGUUAGAUAAUAGAAAACAUGGAUAUGGAGUAACCUUCUUCAGGGAUGGAACGUUAGUAUUUUUUAAGGUUUUAAAGGCUAAAAAAUUUUUUUGUAGUAAAGAAGAGGGAAGAUAUAAACACAAUGUUCUUGUUAGCUCAGCUAGACGGAAAGGCAUCCUUUUUGUCCGUUCAACAAAAUUGAGGCAUCGAGUAGAAAUUUAUGCUGAACAUGCUAGGCAAGCUGCUGACAUGGCUGCACAACGUGUUGAAAUUGCUACAUCUAGAACAAUGACAGCACAAGAACGCGCUGAUGCUAGCGUUGAAGCUGCUGAUCGAGCAAGGGAUGAUGGAGACACUGCACGUAUUUAUGCUGCACAGUUUGAUCCAAGUUUUAAACAACCCGGCGUAGAAUUAUUGCGUGCUAGAGCAGCGAUGCAAAGGUCUGGAACUCCUGGAGGACAACAAUCUGCCAUUCCAAUGCUCACACCAAUUCAUAAUCAUGUAAUGGCCAACCACGUUCAAUUUAAUCAUCAACAGCAACCACAUUCACAAACUAAUUAUUCUAGUCCACAAAAUCAACAAUAUGAUUAUUCUAAUGCAUUUGCAGUUGGUCCAAACUCUUCUUCAUCUCAACAAAACAUUGCAUUUAAUCAAAUGCCCCCACUCCCUCCAUUUGCUCAACAACAACAACAAUUACGUCAAAGACAUUUACAACAAACUGCAAAUACUUCGGAAUGGAAUGGUGGAAUAAUUGGAGGAAUGGGUGGAGGGCAACAACAACCUCAUUCACCUCCACAAUAUUCUGCAGAUAGUGGAAUUGCUGUUGGAGGGGGAGGAGGUGGUGGAGGGAAUUUUGGUCAACAACAGAGGCAUUUAAUUCAUCAACAAUCGAGUGAAUCUGGCCAUAGUUCUCAACAACAGCAACAACAAGAUUAUACCCCACAUCCCCAAAUGAUUAAUGAAGGUGGUUCUGAUACAGAGGGUGGUGGAUUGUUGGUAGCUGCCUCUGCUAGCGGCGGUCAUCAAAGUGCUCAACACAGCAAUAUUGUUAGUUAUGCAGCUGCUAUUCCUCCACUCCCAGCUGCUGCUCAUAUUCGACAACAGUCUUCUUCAGAAAUGGCCACACUUCAAAAACCACAACCUCCACAUCAUUUGAGAGGAAUGACUAAUAUGCGUGGUCGUUCAAGUCCUUCAACUAUGUCCCUAAGUGAUGAUCAUUGGGACCAAUAUUUGUUGAAAUCUUCGAGAAGAGAAGCUUCAAAACAUCAAUUGUUACCUGGUACCAGCAGUAGCGGAUUAGAUACUUCUCAUCACUUUAGACGAAACAGACCUUCAUUAAUUAGACAAUGCGAGGUUCUCGGCGCUAGCGGUACAAUUGGUGGGAGUAGCUGUGGUGAAUCUCCUAGUGGCUCAAUGACGCUUAACAGAAGAAGCACCUUAGUAGUAAACCCAAGGGAAUGCCGUCAACGUGUUCCUCCUAUCCAUUCAGUUUAUGGAGCAGAUGAUUCUCUUCGUCUUCAAGACCAACAACAACAACAAUUGCCAUCCUCUUCUGUUGAUAUUCAAAACCAAACGAGGGAAGAACGUGGAUCUCUCCCCAAUUUGGAAGAUUUGGCUGGACAACCAUUACAAUUAGGUAGAGAAGAAGCUGCAAGAUUAGCUUCUCAACGACGUCAAGAUGUACAUAAACAAAUGGAGGAGGAAGAAAGAUUGAGACAAAAUCCGUUAAGAUAUUUGGCUCAUCCUAAUUUUAGAAAUUGGCUCAUUCAAUGGCGAAUUCCACUACUUUUAGUACUUGGCAACAUUCUACUUUUUUAUUGUUUUUUACACUUGCUUUCAGGUAGUAGUAAAAGCGAUCGAAGAAGUGGUGGAAGAGGAGGCGGAGGAGGAGGAAAUGCUCACCAUUCCGAAUGAUUUUGUUUAGAUUAAAAAUAAAAAUAUAAUACAGGAUUUUUUGUAGAGGAGUCUUGGCAUUAGGGCAUUAAGUCUUAAUAAUUUUAUCUUUUAUUUUGGGCAUGUUACCUCUUUGGGGUUUAUGUACAAUGAAAAAUAGUGCCCGAUUCGAACCGGAACUGGCCAACUUUUUCGGAGUUUGGGUCCCAAAUUCGGGCUUUUUUCGUGAUCUCCGGAAUUUUUUCUGACAAAUUUGGAUCCGACUCGGGAAAACGUCAAACCCUGCGGUCAAGAGACCUCCGGAAAAAACCUACAGAGACCUUGAAAAGUGCUGAACUUCUAGUC